AUGGCUGAGCAUGAUGAUAAUACAAAAGAAAAAAUAAAAUAUGAAUUAAAUUAUGAAGAAGAUAAAACAGAAACUAUCUCUAAUGAUGUUAUAAAAAAUGACACGUUUCAAGUUAAUUUUAAUUGUUCUAUUUGUUUUCAAUCAUUUAGUGAAGGUGGUGGAAUUCAUAAUAUAUGUACAUUACCAUGUGGUCAUAUUUUUGGUAAAAGUUGCCUUGUAAAAUGGUUUAGUAUUCAGGCAGCUGACCAUUUCUGUCCUACUUGUAAAUGUCCAAUAAUUGAUUUAAAAAUAAAAAUUGAAGAUAAUGUAUACAAUUCAAUUAUACCACUUUAUGGAUUAACCAAAAAUACAUCCAUUGAAACAGUAAUUUUGGGCCGUAAAAAGUUAAUUGAUGAAUAUGAAAUAAAAAUUAAAGAAUUAAGUACUGAAAAUAUUAAAUUGAAGGAACAACUUAAAAAUAGUUUACGUUUACGACGUGAAGCAUUUACUCUACGUUCAUUUGCCAUAGAUAGAGAUGACGACAUUUCUGCAUAUGAAAGAAUGUUAACUGAAUUGAAUGGUAGUGACUCUCGUAUAAAUAAUAGUAAUCCAUUACCAAGUCGUCGUGUAGCUAAUCUUGCAUUUGUAAUUAAUCGUAACAUGGGUGAAAGUAACACUAAUACUUUAGCUAGUAUGGUACAAACAAGUAGAAUAUUUAAUUUAGAAAGACCACAACGUAAUAAUUUAACAAGAAAUAAUCAGGAUGACAAUGCAUCAGAUGAUUCAAAUUUUGGUGUAGUUGAAACUAUUAGUAGUCCACCAAUAUCAUUACUUCCCUCUGAAAGAGGUAUAGAUUUUAUGAAUAUGACAUUAGCACCAAGAUAUCCAAGAGUAUCUCCUUCAAUGUCAUGUACAACAACAAGAAAAUAUCGUGUACAUUUUGAUGAAGUUAUUGAUUCAACUUAUAAUGAUGGAUUAAUUGUAUCAGCAGUUAAGAGAAUUGUUAGAAAUAAUAAUGUUUAUCACUUUGGAAUAUCUUUUUUUCGUUAUUUAAGAGGUUCAGUUUAUAUAUCAUUAUCUGAUCAAGAGAUAGUUUCUGUAAAAGUUAUAAAAGAUCCUCUUUUACCAAAUAUUCAAAGAGUAAUUGCUGUUUGUAAUAAAGGAAGAUUUUAUAAUCUUAAAUUUAAUGAAGAAGUUUUUGGAGUUAUCUCAAAAUUUGAAGGAGUAAUCGGGCAAUCCCAAACAUUUUCUGGUAGAGUAACACUUCUUCAUAAACCUACAGGACUUACAUGGUUAACACCAAAUAAAUAUGCUAUUGGAACAAAACGUGGUCAUAUUUUUGUUAGAACAUUUUUUGAAAAUACAACAAGAUGGUUAAGUAUAAAUAGAUAUACUAAUUCAUAUGGUGAAAUACAUACAGGAUUAAAGAAACCUAUUAUGAACCUUCAAAGUAUCAAUGAACAUGCUGUUAUUUGUUCUCAGAUGACUGAUGUUUGUAUUUUUGAUGAUAGAAGUGGUCGUGAAGCUUUUUAUAAAUGUUGUGGAGAUAUUUUAUCUCUUAGUUUCAAUAAAACUUCUGAUACUCUUGCUGUUAUUUUAGGAGGUGCACGUAAUAGAUCACAAAUAAAAACUUUCAAAAUUGAGAAUGUAAAUCAAUUUUAUGAAGAUGGAAAAAAUAAUUAUGAUAUUAGUUUUAUUUCAUCAACCCUUCAUAAUGAUAAAAUUUCAGAAAAAAGAGAAUUAAAUUCAAUUGUUUUAAGAGCAAAUAAUGUUGAUACUUUUGCAACAUUUUGGUUAGAUGAAGAUUCAAAACAAUUGUCUUUAAUUUCAAUGUUAGGAUGUAAUGAUUUAAUGAAUCAAAUUGAACUUGACUCUCCUAGAACUAUUAAAGUAUGUUUUGAAGAUGGAGUAAAUUUAUUAGAUGACUCUCAGACAAUUCAUUAUAUUAUUGUUUCAUCAACUAACGUUACUGUUUAUGAUUUAAAAAUGAAUUCUUCUUAA